UUCAGUCACCAAGGUUCUUGAUUCUUCUCCGGUUCUUGCCGAUUUAGAAAGAAAUGGAGCUGCUAAUUAGCUCACCUGCCGGAGAUUGUCCGUUCAACGCCAGGUUAGCUCAUUGCUGCACAUAGUUAAUGCGUCUUGCUUUGACGAAAUGCCUGAACCAUGCUCUACUUCGGACUUUUCACCAGCGCAUUACCCGCUUCUUGUUUGUUCCCCAACGAGUUUGGAUGUUUGAGCCCAUGCGUAUUUCCCUCCGUUGUUUUGGUUCGUAACUCGAGAUGCGGCGGGAAUCCGCUUCAUAUGGCUGCGACCGAAACACGGUGCGCGUUUUUGUCUUCGAAGGGUAUGAUUAACGGUUGUUCAGGGUUUGUGAGGAGGUGUAAAGAUUUGGAUAGAGAAGGGGAUUUCGAAUUGGAGGCGGAGAUAUUGGAGUUUAUGGAAAGUUCAAGAAAUCCAGAUGCGUUUCCGAGCAAGAAAGACCUGAUUGAGGCUGGGAGGGAGGAUUUAGUGGAUGCGAUUGUCAAGAAAGGUGGUUGGCUUUGUCUUGGAUGGGAUUUGGACGAUCGGGAAUUUGCGUUGGCCACUGAUUGGGAUAGUUUUGGUGAAUCCAACUGUUCAAAGUGGGAUGAUAGACAAAGAUUUGCGACGGCUGUUUCUCGCAUUGCUUCUGCAUCUACAUCAUCUUCAUUCACCGGUAGAUCACUAGAAACUGUUGUUAAGCAUGAGUCUGGGAUUGAGGGUAUGCUGAGUCGAUUGGAAAAAGAAAGAAGUGUGACCUUCGGGGCUCGUAAAAAUGAUUUGCAUCCUGAAACAACAGGAAACGAGAAGACAGUUGCUGACCUACAAGGAAGCACUACCAGCACUCCACUUAGUGCCAAACGUUGGAGUGAUUUGGAGGGUUAUCUUUGUCGGAGUUCUUCUCCUGUACAAGUUAACGGUCUUGGAGGCUCGGUCAGUCCCGAGGUGCCGAUAACUUGGAACACACUGAAGACAGAUCUUCAAGAUGGAGGUUUCGAAGCUUCUGAAAUUGCUUUGAGGGGAGGAAGGAGUGGGAAAGUACUGGAUGUUUUGAGAUAUGAAACACCAGGAUAUAGACAGGAUUCGACCAAUUCAAACUCUGGCAAGAAAGAAAUGAAUCACAAUCAAAUGCGACUUCACCUUCAGAACAUGGAGUUGGAGCUCUCCAACGUACUUGGCUCAGUGAGAUCUAAUGCAUUUGCGUCUGAGAAGGGCCAAAGUAAAUGUUCUGAUGAUUUGCUAGAGCUUUCGGAUGCUUUUGAGUUUCAAGAAAAUAGGAUCCUAAAUGCCAAGGACGAGCUACGGUCUAUACGAGCAAAGUUGGCCGUGGUAGAAGGAAAGAUGGCACUGACAAUUAUUGAUGCACAAAAAGUGAUAGAGGAGAAACAAAAGAAUAUCAAGUGUGCCCGCAGAGCUUUGCAAAUGCUCCGCACUGCUUGUGUGGUCUGGCCUAAUUCUGCAUCAGAGGUUCUCUUAGUAGGAUCAUUUGAUGGUUGGUCAAACCAGAGGAAGAUGGAAAGGUCAAGUGUGGGCGUUUUCUCAUUGUUCCUAAAGCUGUAUCCUGGAAAAUACGAGAUUAAAUUCAUUGUUGAUGGCCAAUGGAAGAUCGACCCUUUACGCCCAAUUGUUAUUAGCAGUGGAUACGAGAAUAAUCUACUGAUUAUCACAUAGCAGUUUACACCAGGCUUGCCCGUAGAGUCGGGUGCCAUAACAUUCCCCUUUUGUAGCACAUAUUAGUACGAAUUAUACAUGCAUUUGUCUUAACUUCUAGUCUAGGCUUCCUCCUUCUCCAAGUUCACAUUUCUCGCUGAUGUAAAAAUAUAGAUAAACAUAACAAUUAUUUCCGGAGACUCAAUCAGCUCAAUAAGAAUCAUUGAAGACUCAUUUUUCACGA